AUGUGCACCAACAUAGUUUACGAAUGGCUGAAAGCCCUGCAGCUCCCUCAGUACGCGGAGUCCUUCGUGGAUAAUGGCUACGAUGACCUGGAGGUCUGCAAACAGAUCGGGGACCCUGACCUGGACGCCAUCGGGGUCUUGGCGCCCCAGCACCGGCGCCGGAUCCAUGAUGCUGUAAGGAGGCUGCGGGAGCAGGACGCCAACGCCGCCGGCCUCUACUUCACCCUGGAGCCUCAGCAGCUGCAGCCUCAGCAGCAGCCUGGUUCCCCUUCGCCUGAAAUCUACACCAGCCACCUGGUGGAGCAAUAUGAGGGUCAGACUUGGAGGGAGUCUCAGCCUGGCCAGACCCAAGGAACCAAAGGGGCCUCCUCCAGGAACCAGAAAGCCGGAUCCCGCAACAAGGAACUGGUGACUUACCCCAAACUCAAACUGAAAAUCAUGAUCAGGGAUAAACUCGUUCGGGAUGGAAUCAACUUAAGCAAACCCCCGUACUCCAAUAAGGUCCCAAUGGCUGGCAUCCUAGAGUACUUAAUGAAUUGGCCGAAGUCAUCACAGAACCGCUAG